AUGUCUAGUGAUCUGGACAAGACACAAAUAAACGAUGCCCAUCAUCCGUAUAAUCAAGCUUACGCGUUUUCAAAAUAUUGUUCAUUUUGGUGGUUGCAUCCUCUAUUUAGAAUAAUAAAACAACGACAAUUACAAGAAUCGGAUAUUUUUCCAGUAUUACAUGUCGACUCCAGUCGGAAACAGAUGGAUUUAUUCGAAAGAUACUGGUCCGAUGAAAAUCCAUCUCGUGAUAGAAGUCGAACAAAUAAUCUGUUCAAGUUAUUAAUUAAAUGUUAUGGGAUUCCUUUUAUGGGAAUCGGUAUCGUGGCAUUUAUUACCAUGAGCCUCACGGUUAUAAGGCCACUCUUUGUUGGUUGGUUGGUUAGCUACUUUACUCCCAGUUCUCAAGUGACUGCUGCAGAAGCCUAUCUGUACGCUACUGGACUAUCGUUAGUGUCUGUACUACUCGUCCUAAGUAGGCAAUGGUAUUUCUUUAUGACGUAUCGCUUUGGAUUUAGGACUACUGUUUUACUAUCGACUGCAAUAUUUCAAAAGGCCUUGAGACUAAAAAGUAGUGCAUUAUCCAGGACAAGUAUUGGUUUCAUUGUAAAUCUACUCGCGAACGACGCAUUGAAGAUGAAACUCGCAUAUCAGUUUUUACACAUGCUUUGGAUUGCGCCAUUCUUAGCUAUUACGUUAACUGCUUUACUAUGGCAGCAAGUAGGGGUUGCUAGUUUGGCUGGAUUAGGAGUAUUAUUAACAUUGAUUUUACAACAGUCUGCCCUUGUCACUUUGCUCGUCAAGUUUAGGCAGAAAUACUUAAAAUUUGCAGAUAAAAGAGUGCGGAUCAUGAAUGAAGUCAUUUCGAGUAUGAGAACAAUAAAAAUGUAUGCUUGGGAGAAUUCAUUUGCUAAAGCUAUCCGUCAAUUACGAAGAAAAGAAAUGGAUAGGCUGUUCUCUGGAUAUGCUUUCUAUGCAUUAAAUGUAGCAAGCUAUUUAUUACUGAAUACAAUAACUAGCUUUGUAACUAUCAUCGUAUACGUUUUGAUGGGCAAUACAAUUAAUUCUUCGAAAGUAUUCACAGUUUAUUCAUUAUUAAAUUCCUUGCAAGUUGCUUUAUCUAUUGGUGUUCCUGAAGCGAUUCGAGCAAUAAUUGAUGCCAAAGUUUCAUUUGACCGAAUUGAGAAACACCUAAUGCUCGAUGAAUGCAAAGAAAAUCCUGGAUACAUUCAAUCUCUUGAGUCAAAUAUUGGAGACCAAUUAGCUUUAGAUAAUGUUUCUGCUUCAUGGUACAACGGUUUUAGUUUGAAAGACAUAUCGUUAACAGUAUCACAUGGAAAACUCCUUUCUAUAAUUGGACCUGUUGGCGGCGGAAAAACUUCAUUACUUAUGGUCUUGCUGGGAGAACUGCCCUUAUCAGCGGGAACAUUGAAGUAUUGA